AUGUUUUCUCCAACACAAUACCUGGACAUCGACAUCAUCAGCUCACUUGUCGAUGUUCCACAAUGGAUUCUCUGGGUGAAGGACCGGCUGGGCGAACCGCUCCACGAGGAGACCGAGCUGGACGACGAGUCGGUGUCGCUGUCCGAGAAGGUGGCCAAGCCGCUCAACGAGCGCCUCAUGGACCUGUUCGAGCACGAGUGCUACGAGGUGAUCAUCACCAACACCACGCUGGCCUUCGUGCUGCUCUUGGUGGGUCUGCUGCGCGCCGCCAUCUACAGCAACGAGCGGUACUUCACGAUCGUCAUGCUCGUGGAGUUUCUGUACCAGACGGCGUUCUUCGUCGAGGUCGCCACCAUGCUGUCGGCGUACGGCCAGAAGGUCGUCAACUUGGAUAACUACAACAAGCUGGACCUGAUUCUAAUGGCGUCGUGCAUGGCGGUGCUCUUUGUGCAUGUGCUCGUGCAUGUGGUCGGUCUGGGCGUGAGGCACGAGCAGAUGCUCUGCAUCCUCUUCAUCGUGGUCAUCUCCGCCCGCUUCACACACGCCAUCAAAUACGUCGAGCUGCUUCUGGUCCAGUGUGCGGAGCUGAUCCACAGGGCGCUGGACACUGUCAUCUACUCGGCGUACGAAGCGGGCCACGCCAUCGUCAUCGGCGAGGAGGAGGUCCAGAGGAACGUCUGGAAGUUCGUCGAGUCGGCCGACAUUGCCAUGGAGAUCCGCGGCCGCGCCACUCUCAACCGGCUGCUCGUCCUCCAGAAGCUCGCGGAGGUGCAGUCUCGCUUCCCGGGAAUAAUGGUUUCGUUCCGGAGUCGCCAGGCCAGCGCCACGAUCCUGAACGACCUGACCAAGCAGAUCAACGAGAUGCAGUGCGACGGCGUUGUCGAUUCCGAAGACUACAAGCGGCUGCGCUUGGUAAGGUGA